AUGACGCAAGUUACGACUUCUAAGCCGGCGCAAACCUGGCAAGAGGUAGUUGCCAAGAAAAGACUUCAGAGACAGGAGGCGAUCGCGACAGCUGUUCUGAGAGUAUCAACAGACACGAGUGGCAGCAAUGAAGGCAUUACUGCCAUUCCUGAUGCCGAGGCUCUAGUUGAAAGGAUCUCUCGGGGCGAAGUAAGCAGCGAGGCCGUGCUCAAGGCUUAUAUCAAAAACUUGACCGAAAUUCUCUUUGAAGAUGCACUGGAGCGAGCUAGAGAGUUGGAUGCUUACUUCGCGAAGAACGGAGCAGUAGUGGGACCAUUGCAUGGUGUUCCUGUCACAUUGAAAGACCAGUUCAAUGUCAAAGGCUUCGAUUCAACACUGGGAUAUGUGGGCAGAUCUUUCUCACCAGCAUCCGAUGACGCAGCUGUGGUCAAGAUGCUGAAAAGCCUGGGCGCUGUCGUCAUUGCGAAGACUAACUUGCCUCAGAGCAUCAUGUGGUGUGAGACAGACAACCCUCUCUGGGGUCUCACCACAAACCCGCUUAACAAAGACUACACCCCAGGUGGCUCCACUGGAGGCGAGGCGGCCCUGCUCGCGACCCAAGCAUCCAUGCUGGGAUGGGGUACUGACAUUGGAGGAAGUAUUCGCAUUCCGUCUCAUAUGAAUGGGACCUAUGGCUUCAAGCCAAGCAGCGCCCGACUGCCUUACCGUGGCGUCCCUGUCUCGACAGAGGGCCAGGAACAUGUCCCGUCAUCUAUCGGACCAAUGGCUCGCAGCUUGGGCACCAUACAAAUGACGAUGAAACACCUGAUCAACGAGAAGCCCUGGGAAAUGGACUUUCGCUGCGUCCCAAUUCCUUGGCGGGAAGAUGUCUAUCAGGAAACCCUCUCUCGCCCCCUGACGAUAGGGGUGCUGUUUGAUGACAACGUUGUCAGACCUCAUCCGCCCUUGACACGUGUCCUUCGAUCUGCCGUUGAGUCUCUUCGUGCAGCUGGGCAUGAAGUCUUGGAAUGGAACGCCGACUUACACGAAGACUGCAUUCGAGUGAUGGACUUGUACUACACUGCCGACGGCUGCGAGGACAUUCGCAAAGACGUAAUCGCCGGUGGCGAACCUUUCAUCCCGCACGUUGAGCGUCUGAUCAACCGCGGAAAAGCGAUCUCCGUCUACGACUACUGGCAACUCAACAGGCGCAAGUGGGACAUGCAGCAGGCUUACAUGGAAAAGUGGAGGUCCAUCCGGUCGCCUACGACUGGUCGCGCGGUCGACAUUCUCCUGAUGCCUCCGAUGCCCCAUAGCGCUGUGCCCCAUGCCGGAUGCCGCUGGGUUGGCUACACCAAGGUGUGGAACUUCUUGGACUACCCAGCACUUGUGAUCCGUGGAGGCAAUGUCUCUCAGGGCGAUUUGAGCGAGUCAUGGACGUAUGAGACCAGGGGACCGGAAGAUGAGUGGAACAAGAAGCUCUGGGAGGACAAUGGGAAGGAGAUGGCAAGUCUAGGACUACCGGUCGGACUGCAGAUUGUUGGUCGCAAGUUGGAGGAGGAAACUGUCUUGGCUGCUGGUAAGGUCAUAGAUGAUUUGAUACAAGCGGCUUAG